AUGGCGUCUCUUCUCCGUGGUGCGGCUUUCAUCACUGGCGCGGCUUCUGGCAUCGGCCAAAAAACGGCCCUCGCCUUCGCCCGAAACGGCAUCACCCGCCUCGCCAUAACCGACAUCAACGCCCAAGCCCUCGAGGCCACGAAAUCGCUCCUCAGCGAGAAGUAUCCCUCCACCGAGGUCCUGACACUGCCCUUGAACGUCCGCGAUGCGGCUGAAGUAAAAGCCGGCAUCGCGGAGACGGUGUCGCGGUUCGGGCGCCUCGAUGUGGCUGUCAACAACGCGGGGAUCGCGGGUAAGGGGGAACUGACGCACGAGAUUGACGAGGAGGAGUUUGGCGGGAUUGUGGAUGUUGAUUUGUAUGGGGUGUGGAGGUGCCAGAGGGAGGAGAUUAGGGUUAUGUUGGAGCAGGAGGACCUUGGAGUGAGACGCGGUCGAGGAGCCAUCGUCAACGUGGCUUCCAUUUUUGGCGUCGUCUCGCCUUCGCUUUUCAUGGCGCAGACGGCGUAUUCGGCUGCGAAGCACGGAGUCAUGGGUCUGACAAAGAGCGACGCAAACAACUAUGGCCGACGAGGCAUCCGCAUCAACGCGAUCUGUCCCGGCUGGGUCGAGACGCCCAUCGUGACGCCCUUUUCGCGCGAGGCAGGGAGCCCACUGAGUCAGUAUGUUGAGAUGACGCCUUUGCAGCGGUUAGGUCAGCCUGAGGAGAUUGCUGAUUGUAUCACGUUCCUUGCUUCGGAUAUGAGUAGUUUUAUGCAGGGGUCUGGGUUGGUUGCUGAUGGUGGGUUUACGGCUCAUUAG